AAAUCGCACUUCUCGGAGUGAGAGCGUAGAGCUGCGUAUUGUCAAUAGAUUGAUUCGAAUAACUGGGUCGGGGCCGGCGAUGGUUGCUCCGGCCCCCGUAGAGCAGCCCCUUCGAUGACUGGAUGACCCAUCUCGAUCUGUGCCAGACUUAGUGCCUUACCCCAUCGUUUGAACCAUGCUCAAUAUACCAUUCUUGAGCAGGUUCAUUCAAAAAACUAUAAAGCGGCAAAAGGUUGCUGAUUCCGUUGAUUACCUCAACUACUAUGUGACCUCAAUGAUGCUUGCUUUCUUUGCUUUGGCAAUAUCUGCAAAGCAGUAUUUUGGAUCUCCUAUACAAUGUUGGGUACCGAGUGAAUUUAGAGGUGGCUGGGAAAAAUAUGCUGAAGACUAUUGCUUCAUUGCAAAUUCGUACUAUGUACCAUUUGAGGAAGAAAUCCCAACUGAUAUUGAACAUAGGCAAGAUCACAUCAGCUAUUAUCGAUGGGUUCCGAUCAUGUUGGCGCUGCAGGCCAUAAUGUUCUUUAUACCUAACUGGAUCUGGAACAUGCUCCAUAAGCAAACCGCCAUCAAUCCAAGAGCUUUUCUUACCGAAGCCGAGAAGGUUCGGUUCGCAGUUGGGGAAAAGCGAGAACAAGAGAUCAAAUCACUCGCUAACUACUUCAUGGAUACUGUAGCAGUAUUCAGCUACCCAGGCGACUACAAGAUGAGCAAACGCACAGCUCCACGCUCUGGCUACAAUGCGAUGUGGCUAUAUCUAUUCACCAAGGCCGCGUAUGUCGCCAAUAUCUGUCUGCAGCUGGUCAUUCUCAAUCACUUCAUAGGAGGCGAUUUUAUGCGAUGGGGUUACGAGACGGCAACGAAUAUAAUCCACGGAAACGAAUGGAAAGAGACUUCCGUCUUUCCUCGCGUUAUCAUGUGUGACUUCCAGAUUCGAAGACUCGCAAAUCUUCAAAGACACACAGUUCAGUGUGUUAUAAUGAUGAACAUGAUCAAUGAGAAGUUGUAUCUGUUCUUGUACUUUUGGUUCCUUUUCUUAGGUGUAGUAACUAUUAUUAACUUUUUCUACUUCUUCUGUGUCAUGCUUGUACCAACACUUAGAGCUAAGCUCGUCCUCUUCAACAUCGACACUAAGCGCAACCGCGGAUUGUCCCAAGGAGAAAUGAGGCGAUUUAUUCACGAAUGUCUUCACCCAGAUGGAGUAUUGUUGCUACAGUUCGUUCGUGAGCACGUUGGUGGGCGUAUAGCUUUCGAUCUCGUCAAUAGACUGUUCACCAUGUAUGCUGAGAGUGAUAACUUUUCGAACACUUCAACGAAGAAGCAGCCUAUUUCACCUAUUGAGAAAUAUUCGCGACCGCCACAUCUUAGCAAUUAUCCUCGUGAUCCAGCCCGGGCCUACUAUCCGGCUCUAAGCUCUGCCCCGAUGCUUGAAGACUACAUGGAUCAUGGCACGAUGAAAAUUGGCGAGAAAAACACACCACCUCCUCCACUCGAUCAGCCGCCUCGACACAGUCCAACCGAUGUCUAACUACUAACAUCUUCGAGCUCCUUGUGCAUUUUACGAGUUCCAUCGCAGGUGUUGUCUCUCAAGCCUCAGGGGGUGCAUAACCUCACCGCCAUACUGUAAAUAGACUCAUGUUUAAGCAUAUCAUGAAUUGCGUUGAUCGUAUUUAGCCUUUCUCGAAAUAAGAGUCGGAUCUGGUAGAUCUCACUCGAAUUUGUGU